AUGAGCUUCUUCUCAUUCGGAGAUCUACCCACGAUCCAGACCCGCAAGGCGUUGCUGCUGCUCGACUAUCAGAAUGACUUUGUGCGUCCCGCCGGUGCCCUCCACGUCGCCAAUACCUCCGACAUCCUCGAGACGCUCCCCCCGCUCGUCGCCGCGUUUCGUCGCGUGGGCGAUGUGAUCUGGGUUCGGUCGAAAUACGAGUCGCCGCAGUCCCUCGACGACUGGAACUUUGGCGAUCGCAUCGUCUUGGAAAAGGAGCCACCCAAGCGAGAGCCUCUGCCCUCCACGGAUAUCAUCGAAGCCGCGUCCGACCGCGACUCUCCCGAACCUGUCGACGCGGAGGCCUUUCUUUCUAACACGUCCCCUACCUGUUGCGUCUCGCAGACCACCGGCUUUCAGUUCCCCGCCCCCAUCCUCGCUGCCAUCGACCGGGAGCGGGACACCGUGCUGGACAAAACAGGCUACUCAGCUUUGGAGUCGGAGGGUCUCGUGCUUUCCUUCCGAACCCGCUUUAUCACCGAGCUUUAUCUCUGUGGCUCUCUCUCCAAUGUGUCCGUGUAUGCCACUGCCUGCGAUGCUGUGCGCAAUGGGUUUUCGGUGACAUUGAUCGAAGAUUGCCUGGGCUACCGGGACUUCCAGCGCCAUCAAGAGGCCAUGCGGCGCAUGGCUGAUAUCCUUGGCGCAACUGGUCUAGAUGCCCAGGAGCUUACGCAGGAGUUGGAUUGGCAGGAAACCCACACUAUCGCCAAGGCACCAAGUGCCCAGCCAAAGCGCGUGACUAUCCCAUCUGGCAUCGAGAGCGUCAUGGACAGCCUAGGAGUCCAAGCGGAUGAUUCAAGCCCGCAAGAAAGGCCAGAUGAGGAUGGCCGCAGUUUGAUGGAACUGGCCUCCUUCACCCGAUCUCAGCGGAUGAAUGCAGCAGGAUCUCAUGCCCGGCCGCCGGUGGAAGGCAAGAGACAGGUGCGCGCCCGUGUGCGCCGUCCGAAACGCCGUGAUCCAACCGAUCCCGAAACCGCAAAUGAAAAACCCAGGACCUGCGUGGGCGAGGGUGAUUCGCGUCUCAUUCCGGAGCUUGGUCUGCCCGCUGACGCCUUUGAGCGCAUUCGGGCGGAAGUGUCCUGGCAGAAAAUGUACCAUCUUUCAAGCCAGGUGCCUCGGUUGGUUGCGGUACAAGGCCAUAUCCAGCCGGAUGGCUCUAUUCCGAUCUAUCGACACCCCGCGGAUGAAUCUCCUGUGUUGAAAUCGUUCACACCGGCAGUGGACCAAGCGCGUCUUGCUGUCGAACGUGUUCUCGGCCACCCUUUAAAUCACGUACUGAUACAACUUUACCGAGAUGGACAUGACUCGAUAUCGGAGCACUCUGAUAAAACGCUGGAUAUCGUCCGGGGCUCAUUUAUCUGUAAUGUGAGCCUGGGUGCCCAGCGCAUUAUGCAUCUCCGCACCAAAGUCUCCGCCAAGAAUAUCGCGGAGAAGGAUGGCCCUGAAGCGGCUCGCGCCACUCAACGUAUCUCACUUCCGCAUGGAUCCCUGUUUGUGCUUGGUGAGAAAACAAAUAUGCGUUGGCUGCAUGGCAUCCGCCCUGACAAACGCCCUGACACCGUCAAAUCGCCUGAAGAAAAAGCAUACGGCAACGAGCGCAUCUCACUCACGUUCCGGCACAUUGGUACUUACCUCGACCCAGCGGCCAACAUCAUCUGGGGCCAAGGUGCUGUGGGAAAAACCCGAGACACUGCUCGGCCUGUGAUUCACGGCGAUCCGGCGGAGACGGAACGGCUGAUCCACUCGUUUGGGCAGGAAAAUCGUGCGACAGAAUUCGACUGGAAUGGAGUCUACGGCAAUGGAUUUGAUGUCGUUAAUUUCGUGACCACAUCGCCGUCUCGAUUGGCGCUGAGCGGGGACUCGGUGACCGAUCUCAGGGUGCGUCUCUGCCUAGGCGAGAGCGGUAUACGUUAUGAGACCUGUGAUGGCCGUGAAUUAGCUCCCGCCGGUGCAUACACAACGCCACAUCUACAACCGAUCUACAUUGACUCCGACAGCACGACCGUCGUUGGCGACUUGAAUAUUCUGAAACAUUUGGCCGAACGACCUGUCGAGUCUCUACGGCCUGGUGUCGAAGUCCUUCGCGGCGGCAGUCAAAUUCCAUGGAUUGAAGAAAUAUUCGGCUGCUGGCGUAAACACCUUCAAAGUGGUGCGCCAGGCGUCUUUGAAUUUGGUUUGAAUGUAUUCGACCGCACCCUGGAUGGACAGAAUUACCUGGCUGGUCCGGCCUUUGGCAUAGAUGACUGUGCACUGUGGCCAGUUUUACGGGAAAUCAUACACGCCCAGGGCCCCUUCGAUGCUCGCUUCCCGAACCUUACCCAGUACUACCACCGAGUCGAGAAGCGAGGCCUCGUCCGGGUCGUUUUGGAGGAAUUGCGCUGA